AUGACUUCGGAACAAACGCUUCCACUUUUUUUUGAUGAUAAUCUUUUAAAGACUGAUAAGAGAUUUGUUACUUUUUUUCAUGUUGAGGAACCUGAUUUGGAACAUGGAGGUUCCAACACUCUGUUCAGUUUUUUAUUUUUUGUACCCAGACUUGGAACUAAAUUUUCCAAAUUCGUUUCUAACGUUUUUCCAAACACUGAAGAGAAUAUUAGGUUAGAGGACCAUGAGUUGUUGAUGGAGUUUGUUGGAUUUUCAGAUAGAAAGGAUUGGUGUGCUACAGGUUUAACCCUUUGGACUCCUAAUGGUGUCAAAAGAAGGUUUUACUUUCAUUUGAAAGAUGAGACAGGUGAAUUGAAAGUUCUUAGCCUGAGCAGUCUUGAUGAAAUGGUUAAUCAUACUAGACAACAUGUAAAACCUGAAGUUUUUCAUUCACUAAAAGACAAACUACCGGCACAUGAAUAUACUCAUAAAUUACUUGAAUCAUUCAAACAUUUUGUAUAA